UAGGAUCACAAGUAUGGGGAAACACGUUCCAAGAAGAAAGCACACAUGCACUUUGACGACACGCACAGUUCCCGAGCGCCGCAGAACGUCGCGCGUCGGACCGACCGGGCGGAGUUUGGAAGUUUCAGAAAAGGCGAGGAAGUCUUUGAAUGUGUCGACGUUCUUCGGUGGACGGACUCCGCCGGAGCCCGGGAGAGAGCUCGUCAGCUGACCUAACAUGGGAUGAACGCCUGACUUCGGAGCCCCGAGCAAGUGUAUCCUGACUGCGAGCGCCGGCCGCCACAUCCCCCGACCUCUGACCCCGGAGUUGGGCGGGGACCAUGCGCUGCACCACGGUCCUGGCCCUCUUGUUCGGGGUGGUGCUGUACCUGGGCAUGGGGGCGCUGGUCUUCCAGAAUCUGGAGGCUUCCGAGGAGAGCGACAAGUUCCGGGAGCUGCUGGCCGCCAAGAACGACUUCCUGGGCAAUCACUCGUGCGUCAGCGAGCGGGAGUUCUACAAGCUGCUCGAGGAAGUCUCGUCUGCCGUGGAAGCCGGCCUGGAGGUGGGCAGCCUCUCCUCCAACUUCAGCACCCGCUGGGACGUGGCCUCCGCCUUCUUCUUCUGCGGCGCCAUCAUCACCACCAUCGGUUUCGGCAACCUGUCCCCCCGGACGUGGUACGGCCAGCUCUUCUGCGUGUGCUACGCCCUGGUGGGCAUCCCCAUGUUCGGCAUCCUUCUGGCCGGGGUGGGCGACCACAUGGGCACCGUGCUGCGCAGGGCGGUGGCCAAGAUUGAGACCCUCUUCCUGAAGCGGCAAGUGCGGCCCACCACGGUGCGAGUGAUCUCGGCCGUGCUGUCCAUCCUCAUCGGCUGCCUCAUCUUCCUGGCCGUGCCCGCCGUGGUCUUCCAGAACUCCGAGGAGUGGUCCUUCCUGGAGUCCUUCUACUUUGUGGUCAUCACGCUCACCACCGUGGGCUUCGGGGAUUACGUGCCGGAUGGCAGCCACGCCGGCGGGCUGUUCUUCAAGCCUCUGGUGUGGCUGUGGAUCGUGUUCGGUUUGGCCUACUUUGCCUCCAUCCUCACCAUGAUUGGCAACUGGCUGCGUGUGCUCUCCAAGAGGACGCGCGCUGAGAUGGAGGAGUUGCGCGCCCACGCCACCGACUGGACGCAGCACAUGUCCAAGGACUUCCGCAUCCCCAACCCUUUAGAAUUCAACGACCCGUUCCUCCUGCAGCGCCGGCGCUGGAAGCGAAGCGAGCGCCGCCGCAUCCGCCGCGGAGCCCAGGUCACGCUGGGCUACUGGGCCCGGGGGGGCUCCGAGAACGGGCACCUCCCCGCCCGCUGGGCCGGCCUGUCCGGUUCCGUGAGCCGCCUGGAGGGGCUCUGCUCCUCCUCGGAGAGGACCGUGAUGAGCGACCCGAGGGGGAGGCUCGGCGGCGGGACCGUGCCGAGGGCCAAGCCGCCCGAGCUGUCUGCGGCUUUGCGCCAACAGACGGCGCGUCGCUCCUUACCUCAGGUGCUCAUGCGUUCAUUCUCGCUUCCCGCCGCUCCGUCCGCAUCGGAGUUGGACUCCCCUGAAGCCGGCGGGCGGGAAGGCUCCCUCUCCGGAUCCGAUUUUGACUCCAGAUCCGACGUCUCCUCCGCGUCUUCGUCCUUCUCGGUUCUCCGAAAGUUGCGGGCUCGCAGAGCCCUCGAAGCCGGAGGAGACAAAAUGAACUCCGAGAUGGGAGACGGUCGCGUCGAAACCGAAACCUCACCCGACCCGAGCUCCCUCGCCCCCUCGCCUUCGCUCCCUCCCUACUCCGUGGGCCUCCUGGACUUCUUCGGCGAGAACCUGGCGUACAUCGACGAGUCGUCGGACGCGCUCAGCGAGUGCGGCCGCGAGACGAGGCGGCGCCCGCGGAAGCCCAAGAGGAAGAGCUUGAGGAGCGUCACCAAAGAACACGAGCGGAGGCCCGGCGGGGACAUGCAGCCGCCGUCCAAUCCGCCCACGCCGCCUCCGGACUCGCCGCGGACGCUCUGACGUUUCUCUCCUUCCGCCUUUUAUGAACAAUAACUUCCAGGUUUCCAAUGUCUCACCAAAGAUUUUUGAACGUCUGCGGAGGUUGAUCGGAGGCCGCUGGCUUCGUGGUGGUUCUUGGAGACGAUUCACCUCCCAUCCAAAAGGCUUGUCCAGACUUUAACUUUUAACUGUAUUCAUACUCCGGAUGGUGUUUCCACUCGGGGUUUGUCACCGUAGGAACGUUAUUAUUCUCCCCACCUUUGGUGGUGAAGAUCCGUCAUUGGCAUCCCGCGUACCAAUUGAUAGUUCACGCGCCAGAUAGCAAAAGAGCUUUUUCGUAGACGGUUUACGCGUGGAACGAGGCCACCAGAGAUGGCGUCGCAUAAAAUUUAGACCUCUAAAGGUGAAAUAUCUUCCACAAACCAAAAAAGUCCAGUUGCCUCCAUUCAACCUUUGUGGACGGACGACUCGUGCGAAUGGUUGAAGUGAAAACACCGCAGCUUACGCCCACGUGAAUUUGUGAUGUCACUUUUUUUCCAGGCCAAAGUGUUUUUUUUUUUUUUUGUCUAUAUUGAAUUAUUUAAAAUUAAACGAGACGUAUGAUGGCCAGCACCUGAAUGACUGAUGAGCAUGCGUACCUCACAAUUCUGAUGUAUGCAAAAGUUCACUUUCCCGUAAUUUAUGAGACACCAGGAAGUAGUUGUUCAAAUUGUAAAAAAAUGGAAAAAAAUGCCUCAUGUCGCUCUUUGAAUAUGAACGCUUGAGUCUGCAUUCGCAGAAUGACGCAAUAAGCCACAAAAAUCCGCUUUCCUACCACUUCGUCCUCGUUCGUGUUUGCAGACGUGCUGACCUCGGCGAGUCCUCGUUGACCUCCGGCGCCGCCGCUGCGGUCUGGACAUGAGCGUCUCGCUUUACUCGCGGCCCCCCGGACGCGCCGGCGACACUUGCGUCCGAGGCCGCCGCGCAUUUCAUCAUCACUCGAUGAAUGUUUUAGCGUUCCGAUUGUCGUGCCCGCUUGCCGCGACUAAAUACCGACCCCGACUUUGGUGUUCUCCGUCAUAAAUCGGCCUUUUUUUAAAAAAUUUUACGAGCUGCAAUAAAGCGCUGCCUUGAAGCGCCGCGCCAGCACGCCCUCAAGCGUUUAAAAAGGGAACUUGUGCGGCUUUAAUAAUGCCGAGGCCGCAGAACGGAGCUCCUCGCCCUCCCCGUUCUCCUGCCUCGGCGUUUUGCCGCUCGCAUAACUUCUACGUUUUGUCUUUAUUGAGCUGUUUGUCGCUAAAUCUACGAAUGCAAGUGCCAAACGCUGCUCUCAGCUUUGCAGACCUGUCUCCUGUUGAAAAUGUGCGACGGACUGCGAAGCGCAAAAUACAAAAUUGGAGACCCCAGACCGUUGAGCAACUGCAGUUGUACCUCAACAAAGAAUUCCGCCUACAGAACCUCAAUUAGUGUCUUCGCUCCUCAGUUCCCAAAGGCUGUGGGAGCGCAAAAACUCAAGAGUGGACCCCCAAAAGGUGUCAAGCAACUUUUUUGGAACACAAGUGAGUAUUUGUAAAAAAAAACAAUAAAUAACCUUUUGUUGAUUUGAACAUGAAAUAUCUUGUCUUUGUAGUGUACUCAGCUGAAAAGAGUUUGGAAACGGUUUGCGAGUUCAGUUUUUACGGAGGUUUUUCACAAAGCGCCAACGUCACUGGAUUCGGACGGACUUCAACGCAUAUCGGUUGUGCCGUCAAGCGGAGGUCGGAGGAGGAGCUGCACGCCAAACGGGCAAGUGAUUUAUGUCUCAUCGAUGACUCGAAAUUGUGCGUCGCGUCACUGGGAGCACGAAUGCGCCUUUUCGCUUCAAAGUCAGCUGAGAUGGACUCCAGCUCACCCGUCGAUCCGAAUGAAGAAAAUGCAAAUAUGCGACGCGUGAGCAGCGUUUAUCACACGCAAGCGGCUCGUACGGCAACGCGGCUUUCUAUAGGCAACGCGUAGGCUGGAGGGGCUCCGGGUCCAAGUCCCGCGUCCCUCCCUCCUUCCCUCAGUGCUCAAGGCCAGCGGCGCAGAGCGGGAUAAGUACACGUCGGAUAUAGCAAGAGGUCGUUAAGUGGAAAAGGCAAACAGAUGCCGGG